AUGGAAUGCCAUCGCCCCCGAACUGUCAGUAGCUCUCCCGCUUUCUUGUCGAGAUCCUUCUCCUCCGCUAGUCCAAAAGGUUCCGGCCACGACAAACAUCAGCCUCCAGUUCAGCCCCUCGAUUUGACAGUGCUGUCACGUGUAGCGCAAGCUGCAGCCUGUAAAACAUGUUCACUUUCUCACGUUACUCAGACCCAGCGAUCAGCACGGGAUCGCCCAAUUUAUCGUCGUGUUGUGGCCCGAAUCGCAAGUGAAGCAAGAAACGAAUCUGAUACCAACCGCAGUGAUUCUGCCACUUUUCCUGCUAGUCCCUUUUCAGUUGUGGGUGUGCAUGCGGAAGCAAGAACUGGUGUUUCACGCCUCAGCUCACCAGUUGGCGGUUCGAGUGACCCGUCCACGAGACAACACACUCGACAACUCUCUCAGCAAAAGAGUAAUUUGCACAGGCCAGGAGAUGAAACCAAAUCUCUGCCUUCGUCUUCCUCGCCAGUCGGUGUCACGAGAGUUUACAAGUGUUCAGAAGCAAGCAAAAUUCCUCUCGGUUCCUCCGCGGCAAUUUCGUCUCGAUUGCCGCGGACCAAUGGUGAGACCACGACCCGUUUGACGGGCCGCAAUCUCGUCCGGGUGCCUUCAACUGGAGUGCACGGACCGGCAUCACCGAAUCACUUGCCAGCUUCCAGGAUCUCUUCAUCCCCGUCUGAGCCUCUCAGCGUCCGACCUACUCCACGAGCUCUGCUCGCUUCUGGGCAGAUAACGACACCGCCAUCAGCCACGACAGAAGUACCCGGUGGAUCCCCCAAGAGAUGGGCUGCCUGGACGAAUCGACAGUCGCCGCUUCCUUUCGUGUCACCGAGAAACGCUGAAUUUUCUGGCUCGGUCGUCAUCACCAGCGGCGGAAACCCAGGAGGUUGGAGUGUGUGUACAGCUCGGAGCAAUUCGGCAGAGACCUGCGGAGCUUUAACUCGUGCCUUCAGGCGAAGCACAAGGCAUCCUCUGACACAGACUGAGAGCGGCGGAAGAAACAGCCGCUCGAAACAUACCACUUGUCAUAAUGUAGACAGCUUACACAUGUCCGCACCGCGUGUGCGGACUGAGGACGCAGCUGGGGAUGACCCCCACGAAGCAAAAAAGCGGUUCGUGGAUCCAGCCACAUAUACACGUCUCCCGCCUGAGGUGUGGGUGUUCAAGUACCAACCGCCCGUGGGACUGUCCUCAUCUGAAGCAGAUACGUCAGUUGUGAAACAGCGGGGGUCCGCCGUUGUUGACGACUAUGAAGGACUAGGUCGUAGCACGUGUGACUCCGGCGGCAUCCCGCCGUCAGAUCCUGGCCACAUAGGGAAGGAAAUAGCAUUUCCUCUGGAAUAUCCUCACGGACACCAGCAAGCAGAUUUUCUGUGCUCCUCGAUCCCAACUCUCCUGCGAGUGUACCACGUUCCGACGCUGUUCAGUCUGAAAAAUGGACUCUCUGGGACGUCCAAAUUUCCCUGGCCGCCGCCUCCUUCGGAAAUGAAAGUUGAAACCUUGCAGGUUGCUCCACUAGGUGAGAACGAAAGCCCUGCAGACAGGGCAGACAACAGGGACCGGAAUACAGUGGACUGCCACGAUGUUUUUUUGCCGCCUUGGCAACCUCACAUCUCACCAGCCGAAGGUUCCCCUUCUACCCCGGAGGUGGCGGUCACCUUGAGGCAACCGAAGGUAUUGUCAGGCACACACCGAAGCCGCAGCCGAGGAAGCGCUGUACCAUCACAGUCGCCGAGGGAAGCAGAGGACGCAUCUCGUUCUCUUUCGGUUUCCUCACCUCCGGCUUCUCCUCCGAACGGAUUUCUCGCAAGAGGCCUCCAAGCUGUUCACAAAGGUCGGAGCCAGCAGAAGUGGUGGCGCGGCCUGACGCAAGCAAUGGACGUGGCGCUUUCUGAGUUGUGUAGACAGCUAAAAUUGUUUGCUCCUUUCCACGCGAGCUGUGUCGACAAACUGCGGCAGAGCCUCGCGGCGUACGGCGAAAUCUACGAUGCGUCUGUGGCAGAGAUUUUCUCUGAACUCCAAACGGCACUUCUGGAAAUAUACAAGGCGGAGGUCAGUUUGCGUCGGGAGGCGCGCCAGACGUCAAGGCGUCUGGAAGUCCUCGAAGAAAAGGCGCAAGAAGCGGACGAACUGAGACGCAUGCUGGACAUCCACACCUACCUCUUUGGACUGCAGGAACUGGACGCUCUGUCAGUGUGCCAGGCAGAAGAAGAAGCAACGGCGGCUGAUCUGCAAUGGGAACGCCUCCUCGAGCAUCUCGAAUUGAUCCAUCUCAACCGCAGUGACGCAGUGAGUGCUGAGACGUGGGUUACACGGUCAACGGGCGAAUGGAACGACGCGGAGCUUUCGAAUCCGAGUCGACAGAUCUUCUCCUGCGUGUGUCCAGUGUCUGCAACUCUUCUUCCACAUCAAACGUUUCUGAGAGGAGAACUUGACUCUGCCGGAUAUGUCAAGUUAUUCCGAGUUCACCUGCCCCCUGGUCGGUGGACGAUUGGCCUCGCCAUUACGUGCUCAGCACCGAUUGACGUGUCACUCCUUAUGCUCCUCGCAAAGCGCCGCCACUGCGCUGUAAAUCAGGAAGAAGGCCGUCGAUCUUUCCGGCCGUUGCCAGACGAACGGGGCGGGUCACAAACCGAGGUCUUGCGUGACAUCUGUCUGUCCAUCGAGAAACCGAGUGUUCGCGAAAUGUCCUCUCGAUCGGAACGGCCGGCGGUUCGGCGUUCCUCCCCUCACAGAAACUCUGUGGCGGCGUCGCGCCUCCCUAUCCCCUCGUUAGAUCCUUCGUUGACUCUCUUGAGUGCAACGCCGCCAGAGUGGAAUGCCUUUGCAUCGGUGUAUGUACACCCGAAGGAACCCCAAAUCCUCCACGUUCGCACUCCUCCCGGAGGCACACCAGAUGGGGGUUGGCUGCUGCUCCGUGUCCAGUCUGCUUUGGAAAACAGGAGGCUCCUCGAGAGGCCCUCGGAGAACUACGCAAAUGCCCUAAAUGCGGUGUCUUGUUUAUCUCCGCAAUUUCCAGACGAUUCGUUGCUUACGCCGGACCCAAAUGCAGUGAGCAAAUGUGCAGAACGAGGCCGCUUUGCCGCUGCUCUCUCAGAGCCAGAGAAAUCUUCCGCGCCUCGAACCAAACACACGGGGGAUUCUCCGUGCUUCACCAGGGUGUACGGCGGGGGGCGAGCCUCCAAUGGAAGCGUGGAGAAAGGUCAUGAAAUGAGAAGGUACCGUGGAAAAAAAACCAAAUUUUCCGUCAGCGUCCACUCCGUGUUCCUUCACCCUGCGCUUGCGACCCAAGAACGGGAGGGUGAGGAGAGCUUGGAACGACGAAGGUCGAGCUACGGACUGUCGGAAAAAGAUACAGAAAGGAACAAAGGCGUCGGCGAGAACCCGACAGAGUCACUCUCGCGCUCUGUCUCCUUUGUCCCAGAGGACCAAGACGUGGCUUUGGAAGACACCCCGAACGUAGAGCACGAACCCCGAGGAGAUGAAGAAAUGGUUCGCGAUUCCAAUGAUCAUUCGUCCACUCUGUUAGAUCCCCCGAUUCGGCCUUGGAGUGUUCCUACCGGUCGUAUCAUUCCCCGGAUGAAAUGUCGAAGGAAUGUCUGCGUCCAGACUGUCAAAUCGAGCCUUUUGAGGGGCACUCUCAGAUCCUUGCGUGAAGGGCCUCGCCCCCCUCCGGUUCCCCAAUUCUGCAUGUGUGAGGAGUCUUCUUCCGCAUCACUUCCGCGACUGUCGUCUGUCGAGAACGCCCCUCUUUCGCCUCAACGAGGACCACACAAUUCGUCUCCUUAUUGUUCUCCAUGUCCCUCGUCUCCUCUCGGUCGUCCUGCCGCUGAUUCGUCGUCUUCUUCCGUGCCUCCCCUUCGACAUAGCCCUUUAUCUACCUCUUCAUCUUCCACGUUUCCAGCCCCUUUGUCUGCCGAGUUUUCGACCACUUUGUGUGCUUCCUGUCGUGAGCCUGCCGGGAAGAAUCGCCGUUUCUAUGCACCGUCCUUUCCACUACUGAAGGUUCUUCUGGAUGACACUCCAGUGCCCCUUGGGGACUUUUCGUCGCUUCUUUAUCCUCCUUCGUGUGUCCACGGGGAGAGCAGCGCCGCAGCCACACCUCCAGGGGUCCUCUCUGGAUCUCGCUUUGUCCGCUGGCCUCCACGGUUGUUAGUGGAGACAGCGUGGAUUGUUCUUGUUCAUCGAUCUCGAGAGAGACGCUUUGUGCGAGAAGGGCGCAGGGCUCGCGAGAAGCAGAGAAACGCCUGUAGGUCUUCAAAGCAGACUCUGUGUUCAGAGACGCGAGGAGCUCCCUCGGACAACCCACGGCCAGAAAGCGGGCGGAAGGGCAGAAGGCGAAAGCCAGGCCAUCGGACGGCAAGACGGCGCUCUCCGGAGGGACGCAGCGUCCAAGGCUUCAGCUGUCUCGAUAGAGACAGUGGUGUCUCAGCUACGAGCAUCGACGCCGCUUUUGGGUCCCUGGACUCGAGGUCGAGAACGAAUUGCGUUAAAAGGAAAACUGCUUCAGACGAGGAGACAAAAUUGGAGGAAAAUCUAGAAAGAAGGAAAGGCCGAAAGGCUCCGGAUCAGGAGAUGUGCUGCCGACCAAACUCCGGUGUUAGCGCACUGCUGUCCUGCCCGGGGGGUCUUGCAAGCGAGGAGAGAGCGAGGGAAGGUGAGGGGGUAGAGAAGCAGCGCCUGGAGAACAACCGACUGGACAUCGAAGGGGAAAAGCGUGGAGAAGACCAACGACACUUCACUGCAUUUUCGCGAGCAGAGCAACAAGGAUGGGAUGACCGCGAAGGUGCCAGCGAUCGGGAGGAAGAUUCACUUGCCACCUUCACCUUCACCUUUUUUCUCCGUCGCUUUGGCGUCGCGUUCCUAGCCCACAGAGCGCUUCACUCUUUUCUCCUUUCUCUGCUUUUCUACGCGCCUCUCCUGACUCCCGUCUCUCCGACUCAGCAGCGCGACGCCUCCUGCAGGAAGAAUACGCGUCCGUGUCACCCCUCAACCUUUGAUUUUGAACUGGGGGUUUCCUCAGGUCCAGAAAACAGCCCUUUUUCUGGACCUCUCAGAAAGCAUCGAACUGUGCAGGAAGCGCACUUGUGUCCCUCUGUCAGUCCAGAUUUUUCUACCGUCUCCAACCACCACCACAGACAGCAAGCAGAACUGGACUCUCGGAUUCGUGGUUUUCUCCCGCUGUUCUCUGCUCGCCUCUUUGGGCGCCUCACCGGCCUCUUGAGUGCCUCCAACGACACGCGCCCCUUUCGCCAGUCUCUCGAAGACUUUCUCUGUCUCGCCGUUGAGGCGCUUCUCGCACAAAUCGAAGUAGACCAGGCAGCUUGUAUGGCGAAUCAAAGCUCGGCAGAGAUAUGCGAAAACACGGGACCUGUGGUGUGUGCCACGGCCUGCAACUCACGUUUAAAACAGCAUUUGAGUCCGCAAACGAGUUUGCCGUCUUCGCAUCUCGCGAUAUCUUCUCAAGGUCAGUUGAGGACGGCGACUUGUGGCAGGCGAAAGGACACUCUCAACCCAGACGACGUUUCCACUGACAAAGGCGAGGGCCUUUGUCUUGCCGUUUCGCAUGCAGCCGCCAAACAAAUUGUGGACCGCGUGUUUUAUGAAGACGGAACCAAAGAGUAUCGCCUAGCCGCUUUGCAGGCCCUUGACUCCCACCGGCUGGCCGCGCUCGCAGCAGUGCAGGCCACCCGGCGCCCGGCGCUUCGGACGCGUUGGGAGCGGGGCUUCUCGUCGCAUCUUCUGGCCUUCUCUCUGCCUUUUCCUUCCUCACCCUUCCUCGCUCUGGGCCCCGAGCCGCAGCCGGCGCUGUCGGAGGGCAAGCCGGCCGACGCCGCUUUCGUCGUCGACGGCUUGGUUCACUUUCUCUGCACAGAGGCCGCGGAGCUUCUCCACGAAGGCCACAGCGACAUUCGUCGAGUGUGUUUUUUGAAGAUGCUGCCCGCGCGAGAAGCCCCGACAGACACGAAGCAGUUCUCUGAGAGUCGCAGCGUGGCUGAAGGCACCCGCGUCUCCUUCGCCGCUGAAGACAAGAAAAAGAAAAGCAGUGGAAGACCUUCGGGGUUAGAAGGACUGGAGAGAUGCCGAGACGGAGACAGGGAGACAGCAGAGGAGAUGAACACAGGCGGGAACGUGGCACCGACAGAAAUGCGUUUCUUUUCUGCGUCGUGUGCCAACAAAGGAAAGGCCGAAGGAAGAGUAGAGAGAGUCGGCAGAGAGGCCCUCGAUCGCAUAAACGAAUGGCUGGUGUCAGCAGACCGGUACAAGCCUUUGUAUGCUGACAUAGAGAAUUCGACGGGGAGCGAAGAAAGAAGAGACACAACGUCAAGAAUGGACCCAAGGUUGCUGCCGGGGAGUCUGGUGAAAGCCUUUGCAGCUAGACCUUUUAUCAAAAAGCUCGACUACAUCGAUCGCAAAGAGGCUCUGCUGGCAGCCAAAGAGCUGGACUUUGCUGCCACCGAAAAGAGCGCCUCUGCGGCUGUGCUGCUCGCGAAGAUUUAUCCUUUGUUGAGAGACCUUCUGGGCGUCUUCUCCGACUCGCAGCUGCCUGCGCCCUCCUGCUACACAUUGCGUUCUCCUCUCUACGAGUCGUCUCUGUUCCCCGGCUUUUCGCAGCCUCUUCGCGGGUCUUGUGGUUCUUCUUUCACACCGCGAAGAGGUCGUUUGUCUCUGCGGACCCGCGAGCGGACAGAGACAGGUAGAGAUCAGAACUCUCGACUCGAUAGCAACCUGGUAAACCACCAAGACAGCGAGGCGCUGCAGGAGAUUCUUCGGAGCGUAUGGACAGGACUAGAAAAAGCGGCAGUGUUGACUGUCGAAUUCAUGGAACAGGCGAGAACGGAGUACAACGCUCACGCACUUAUCAGAAUGAGACACAGGCCCUCUGCCAAAGAGGCCUUGGGCGAAUUGGCAAGACUCUACAGAGACCAGGUGGAUAGACUGUUCAUUCUCAGUGUGGGGAGUAACGCCUUCAGCAAAGCUCUGCAAAAUAAUCACGUUCGAGAGCAGCUGAGGUCUCUUUAUCGGCAAAGUCUUGACUUGGAAAGACAGCAGCUGGAACUGCACGAUGCCCUGCACGAGGUCCCUGAAACUGAAGAGAACGGAGACGAAAGGCGACAGACAAGAGACAGAAUUCGGCGAGCAGAAGCAGCCUAG